GGGAGGGAAGGCAAAAAAACCCAAAAAAUAAAAUAGAGUUGGAAGGCAGUAAGGAGGUGGAGGAAGGAAAAGGGGAGGAGGAAGAGGAGGAGGGAGAGAAGGGGGGAGUGGGAGGCUGGCGAGGAGGGAUGUAGCCCAUCGCCAGGCGAGCUGGAAGGUGGGAAGCCGGAGGAGCGGCUGCGAGGGAGGUUAUAAAAGGCAGGAGCCGGUCUCUGAGCAAAGGGGAGGGCGACGGGGACCUGCCCGCCCCCGGGCAGCCCCGCCGGGACCCGGACACGCUCCUUUGCACGGAACCCGGAGGAUUUUUAUCCCCGACGGCAGAAGGAGCCCAGCGGGAGUGGGGACCGCCGCCAGCCAUGCCCCGGCGAGCUGGGCGCAGCGGGAGUUAAGGAUGGUGCCCAGCCUACGUCCUGCCCCCCUCCUCCUCCUCCUCCUCCUCCUGCAGGCGUUUCUCCUCUGGGAUAGCCCAGUUGCAGCCUCCAUCCAAGAGCAGUACUGCGAGAGCCUGCCGCCUGUCACCAACCACACGGGUCCCCACUGCAACGCCUCCGUAGACCUGAUCGGCACGUGUUGGCCCCGGAGCGCGGUGGGACAGCUGGUUGCUCGACCCUGCCCCGAAUAUUUCUAUGGCGUGCGGUACAACACCACGAAUAAUGGCUACAGGGAGUGCCUCGCUAACGGGAGCUGGGCAGCGCGGGUCAACUAUUCCCAGUGCCAGGAGAUACUCAGCGAAGAGAAGAAGAGCAAGCUGCACUACCACAUCGCCGUCAUCAUCAACUACCUGGGGCACUGUGUCUCGCUGGGGGCCCUCCUCGUGGCCUUCGUCCUCUUCAUGCGCCUGCGGAGCAUCCGCUGCCUGAGGAACAUCAUCCACUGGAACCUGAUCACAGCCUUCAUCCUACGCAACGCCACGUGGUUCGUGGUGCAGCUCACGAUGAACCCGGAGGUGCACGAGAGCAAUGUGGUCUGGUGCCGCUUGGUCACUGCUGCCUACAAUUACUUCCAUGUCACCAACUUUUUUUGGAUGUUCGGCGAGGGCUGCUACCUGCACACGGCCAUCGUUCUCACCUACUCCACGGACAAGCUCCGCAAGUGGAUGUUCAUCUGCAUUGGCUGGUGUAUCCCCUUUCCCAUCAUCGUUGCCUGGGCCAUCGGGAAGCUGUACUACGACAACGAGAAGUGCUGGUUUGGGAAGCGAGCGGGAGUUUAUACCGACUACAUUUACCAAGGCCCCAUGAUCCUGGUGCUUCUGAUCAACUUCAUCUUUCUGUUCAACAUUGUCCGAAUCCUCAUGACGAAGCUCCGAGCUUCAACCACGUCGGAGACGAUCCAGUACAGGAAAGCAGUCAAGGCCACGCUGGUGCUGCUGCCCUUGCUGGGAAUAACCUACAUGCUGUUCUUCGUCAACCCGGGGGAGGAUGAGAUCUCCAGGAUCGUCUUCAUCUACUUCAACUCCUUUCUGGAGUCCUUCCAGGGCUUCUUUGUCUCCGUCUUCUACUGCUUCCUGAACAGCGAGGUCCGAUCAGCUGUACGGAAGCGGUGGCACCGAUGGCAGGACAAACACUCCAUCCGCGCCCGCGUGGCUCGGGCCAUGUCCAUCCCCACCUCCCCGACCCGUGUCAGCUUCCACAGCAUCAAGCAGUCCACGGCCGUCUGAGCCAGCAGCGAGCUGCCCUACGGGAUGGGGGAACCAGCGUCCCUGCUGCGUGGGACCCCCGACAUGGCACAGCACAGGACCCGGGUCCUGCCUGCACCCACCAGUCUUGCAGAGGACACACAAACUCGCUGCAGCCAUGGCAAACCCUA